AUGGAUCCGCUCUCCAUCACAGUGGGCGUCGCAACGCUGCUAAAAUGCUGCAUAUCCGUCGGCGUCUCACUUCGCAAAUUUCUUAUUGGCGCUGCGGAAGUGAAAAAUGUGAUCACGGCAAUGAUGGUUGAUCUCAGAGCCUUACGAUCGGUGCUUGAAUCGAUGGAAGCCACCUUUGAGGAGAUGAACAGCGAUAAGCCUGAGACCGGCCAUGUUGGAGCUCACUGGGCCAAUCUCUUCCAGUCGCUCGAGGACGGCCAACAAAGUCUCGCUGGGCUACAGAAAGUGCUUGAAGAUGCUAACAAGCAUGUUAAAAUCUUAGACAGCGCACGCAAGCAGAUACGCAUCAAGGCUGUUGCCGAUAAAAUUGUCACCUGCCGGCAAGAAGUACAGGUAUAUAGGGAUACGCUUCAGCUUUCAUUACAGACCAUAAUUCUAUGGAAUGCGCAUAGUAUAAAGGGCACUACCGAAGAGCUCUUAGUCACGUCUAGAGCCACGCAUCAAGACCUCCAACGGCUGGCGACCAAUGUCGAGAUCAAGUUGACAGCACUUCAGACCUUAUUCGAGCAUUCCAAUGAGGCUGAUGGUAUGACCAAGAUCACGAAUCUCAAAAGGACAAUUACAUCAGCAGCGACUGUCAUCGCUGGGGACACAACCGAUGUGGCCAAUUUGAAGGACCUGGAUGAUUUCACGUCAGAUUUCGGAGACUGGUUCAGAUCUGAAGCUUCGCAGAAUACACUCGACUGGAUCUAUUCCGAUAAGCGCCAGGAGACAUUAUUUACGCUCGAUGAGCCGAGUCGGGAAGUACUUGUUGAGCAUGCUGCGACUCACGCAACUGCCAGGACUCUGCCGGUGCAUACACUAUCCAAGUCGAGUUCGGCUCUGACACUCAGCACCGGCACCAACGAUCGACCCGUAGACCUGUCACCUGUAACAAGCAAUGGCGAUCUAACGAACAUACCGAGUGGAAACACAAAUGUAACCUCCGGAUCGCACUCACUGGCGCCAGCGCCAAUUCCACGACGGAAACCAGUUGGAGGACAUCCAGCAAAGGGAAGCGAAAAUCCGUCAACAAAAUCAAAUGAUCAUGAUGUAAAGUCGGAUCUAGCCGUAUCUAAUAUUGAACCUGUGUCUAGCCCAAAGUUUCAGCUCCCGACAAUUGAUAUCCGACGCGUUGAAAAGUCGAACCGGAAACGAUUAAGCUGGUUCCGGUUCAAUAAGUCAAUGAACUCACUCGCAGUCCGAAGUCCCAUGAUGGAUGAUCCGCAAUCCACAUCAUCGAGGUGGCGGAAAAGCAAACUGCCACGGAAACUCAAGAUAGUACUCGUUGGCGACGGUGCUUCAGGGAAGACAUGCUUACUGAUCAUGGUCACCAAAGGUACUUUUCCUGAAGUCUAUGUAGCCACAGUCUUCGAGAACUAUGUGGCAGAUUUUGAAUUGAAUAAGCAAGACUUCACGGUUCAUUUCUGGGAUACCGCUGGACAGGAGGACUAUGACAGAUUGCGGCCUUUGUCAUAUCCUGAUGCAGACGCCGUGGUUAUUACUUUUGCGAUAGACUCCCCUGACUCGCUGGAUAACGUACAAGCAAAGUGGAUCUCAGAGGUCCUCCAUUUCUGCUCUGCAGCACCAAUAUUCCUCGUCGGCUGUAAGAAAGACUUGCGAUACGAUCCAAAGACGAUUGAAGAGCUCCGUAAGACGUCGCAAAAGCCCGUAACACUCGAACAGGCGGAAAAUGUGCGCAAGAAGAUCGGUGCAGUCGCGUACGUUGAGACGUCUGCAAAGACAGGUGAAGGCACAUUUCAAGCGCUGAGCACCAUACUGAGUGAGACAGUGAGGUAUAAGAUUGAUCACGCUAAGAAGAAACGGGAUCAGGCGUCGUCAGGAAUCUAA